AGACCGUGCUAUUAAUUGUUAUGAACAUGGAGCUUGCUGAAGAUUGCGGGACAUUGUUUCUUCUACAGUCUUUUGAAUGGCUUCGUUGCUUUUCUCUUUACGUGGCCCUUGGUAGUCUCGUGGUCACUGUGCUAACAUCGUAUGCCGCAUAUUGCUAUUUUCAUCGAGGAAUAACCAUCAGAUGGCAUCCAGGCACCCGGCGAGUGAACAGUCGCAUCAACCUCAGAGGGAAGACAGUGCUUAUAACAGGUGCCAAUGCUGGUAUUGGUCGAGAGACUGCUAUUGACCUUGCUAGCCGAGGAGCAAGGGUUAUCAUGGGAUGUCGCAACCCGACCAAAGCAAAAGUAGCAAUAGCCGAUGUCCGCAAGAGAUCAUCCAAUGAAAAUGUCAUCUUCAAGCAAAUAGACCUAUCAGACUUGAAUUCAGUCAAAAAGUGCGCAGAGAAAAUUCUGAAAGAAGAGGAGAGACUUGACGUUCUCAUAAACAAUGCAGGGCUGGUUAGUUUCUCCGACCGUGGCCUGACGCCAGAAGGCUAUGAUAUCACCAUGGCAACGAAUCACGUUGGGCAUUUCGUUCUAACCCUCGCGUUGAUUAAUAUUAUCAAGAAGAGUGCCCCCAGUCGGGUCAUCAAUGUAUCAUCCUUCGGUCACCUCAGGAUCAAACAAAUUGAUUACACAAAUAUAUCAGGCAAAGGAGUAUCUGGAUUUAAUCGCUAUAAACAGAGUAAACUGGCUAAUAUUCACUUUACUAAAGUCUUAGCACGCCGCCUAUCAGGGACUGGUGUCACAGCGUAUUCGGUAAAUCCGGGGACAGUAUAUACUAACAUCUGGGAGUCUAGCAGGGUCAGUUUAAAGCCCGGAUUGUUCCGCUAUAUCUUAUCACUGGCAAUGCCACUUUUAAGACUCUUUUUGCUAAAUGAGAAGGAUGGUGCCCAAACCACUAUCUACUGUGCUGUAGACGAAUCGAUCGCACACCUUUCUGGUGGAUACUUCACAAACUGCAGCCUGGGAAAGGAGUCUAAGUUGGCUGAAGACGAGCAAGUUGCCAAACAACUAUGGGAUAUCACCUGCAAGGCGACUGGCGUCGACCCUAAUAUCUUACCAGAAUAAGGUUUUCUGUCGCAUUCUAAUUCCUUUAUGAAAUUUUCAUUUCUUAUGAAUGAAAUACAGUAUUUCAAAUUGUCCCCUUAUCGAUGAAGGUGUAAUACUUCUAAAGCCCCAUAAUAAAACAAAUUAUGUGUGCCUAUGGAUAGUUCCAAUGCUACUCCACCGUAAUCCUCGAAAUCAUGCAUUCUUUCAUUCAAAUUCAAGUAAGUCCAACAUUUUCCUCCUUUUGUCCUGUUUAUUAUAUUUUUUAUUGCAGUUAUUAUUUUGUUUAAUGUAAAAUAUUGUGUUUUAUGUUUGUAUAUACUCUUUAAUCGCAUAUUUCUAUGCGAUUAAAGAGAACAUUGAAUUAAAUUGAACAUGAAUUAUAUAAUUGAUGUUUAUGAAUAUCCCUAUUUAAAUAAAAUAUUUCAAAAUCUAAUACUGACCUUUUCAUUUUAAACCUUAGAAAUUUGGGGUUGCCAAAUUAUCGGAACGUUGAUUGUGGAUGUCCCCCACACAUAAACGUGACAAUACAUUUACUUUGAGUGAUACUAAUUUCAUGUUGGAAUUUUCUAGAAAUGAAUGAAGGAGUUUACUUUGAUAUCGUAGUGGUAUGUGCCAAACGAAAUAUAUUGUUUUAAGAAAAUGCAAAACAUCUAGCUUGAAAGAAAUGUAAUGCAUAUAUCAAAAGAAAGAACAUAUGAGUGGAAUAAAAUUGUCAUUUCAAUUUAAGUUUGGGCGAGUUAAACUGAUUAUUGUUUAUAUUUAUUUUGUUACUUUAUGAUAUCCAGGUCGUAAAUUAGAAUUCAGGUCAGAAAAAGAGGACAGGGUGUCUACUUUUGAAUUUCCCUUUUUUACGUAUUGCCAAAGGAAUUAUAUGUGGUUAUUGAUAAGUUGGCAAAAGGUUUUCGUCAUCCACACACACACACACGCCUACCGAUAUUAUCAGUACGGUAUGGGAGCAUUUUGUAUUUCCAAAAUACACUCAUCAUGCAUUCGAUUAAGUUUUGUGUAUAUUUGUUUUAUGUGCAUGUAUUAUGUUUUAAAGGACCCCAUGGAAGAACAGUGGUAUCUUAUUGAUACCGCUGAAAUGGGCCAUCCUCCAUCUUAUAUCUGUAUAAUAUGUUAAAUUGAUCAUGUAUAUAUUUUAUAUUUUUAUGUGAAAAUAAAUACAACAAACAAACAAUAAAUUAAUA